AUGCAAGAGCGACAGUUAUCUAAGAAGGAACUCAAGAAGAAAGAGAUGGCAGAGCUGGAGGCCAUGCUUGCAGAGAUGGGCAUUGCCACAGAUGAAGCCAGCAAGAAAGAAACCGAUGGGGAAAGCGGAAGCAGCAGCAGCUUGAGGAAGAAAAAGGCCACAAAGAAGAAGCUGUCAGUAUCUGAACCAGCAUCUGGAGACGCAAUGCCAAGCGCAGCGAGCAAGAGUGUACCAGAAGGGGCAUCAGACAAUGGAAAAGACUUGCCCAAAGAGACUGUGACAAAAGAAGAAGCAGAUGCUGCAAAGGCACUCAAGGCAGCUGCCGUAGCCAAGAAGAAGUCCCAGAAGAAGCUCCCUACUGCAUCCAAUGCAGCUGCAUUGGCUGCAGCGGAGGCAAAGGCCCGAAUGAAAAAGAAGGGCAAGAAGGAUACCAAAAAUUACAACCAGGCCCCAACCCGCUGA